AGAUUUUGUAUGAUAGAAUACUGUCAUCGAAGAUAAAUGCUUCAUCAACUGAAACUCGAUUGAGAACUCUGAAGAAAGCAAAUCCUCCUACUCAUUACUCCAAAUUUAAGAAGGCACUUUACAGUUAUCUUAAUGGUUCCACAAACAAAUCAGAGUUUGAAGACGAUUGUUUUGCAUUUGUUGGACCUCAAUCGUAUUUGCUGUCCACAUUGGAUGUUUUGUUAUCUAAACUCGCGAAACAGGUCGAAUAUGCGAAAUUCUAGGAUUUGCAAAUCAAUUUGUUUUCUUCUCAAUGGCUUGGCUUUUGCAUCUUUCUUUCAGCUACAAGAAGUCUCAUCCAAUAAGAAGGAAAACAAGUUCCUUCAGCUUUAUGCAUAUGAAAACUCCAGAAGACAAUCCAGUGAGCUAAUUUAUCUCCGAAAUGCUUGCGCCAUUCAUCACGGGGACAUAUUCAGAUUUACAUGUUCUAUGAAUCCUACCAAGUUAACAAUACAGUUGGUGGAACGCCCAUCUAAGGAAUCUGAAACAACUACACUUUCUAAAGAACCUAAUUUUGAAACUUACGUUCAUAAUCACAUUCUUAAGAGCGAUCCUGAGAGAAAGGAAACGAGAAAACACUUCCUUAAUAGAAAUAUACCCAAAUCCAAAUCCAGUUGUAAAAAUCAGAUGGUCAACGGUCUUUCACUCAAGACGUUCAAUUCUUCUCCCAAGAUUUAUUAUGAGAUGGGAACAGAGGACUGCCACAUCAAGCGAAAGAAGAAGAAACCAUCAUCCUCCAGUGAUUCUUCAUCUUUCAAUCGUGCGACAACGAGUUCUUCACGUGUAAAAACGUCUUAGGAGGUUUCUCUUAAAGCAUUUGAAUUAGUCCCCAGUCGUACGACAGUUCAAGUUUCUUUGUCUUUGGCUGCUUUAGCUAUGACAUGAGCAGGUGUCAAAUACUACUACUAGUAAGAGCAAAAUGUAACAUA